UCCCUCCCGCGGCUGCCGGCCUAGUCGCCUUUUUCUGAGCCUCGGACUGGAGUGAGCGCUGAGCCGGCCCAGAGUGAAGGCAAGGCGGGGGCCGGUCGGAGCCUCGAUGCGGCCCCUUUCUCCCUCGAGGACGGGCAGAGGCCGGUGAAGAUGGCUGCCGGUCACCACCAGCGCUGGAGGCCUUGGAGAAGGGGGCCGAUAGGAGAGCCGGAAACGGAGGAGCCGUCUGCACACGUCGGCCGGCAGCUGGGCGAACCGGGGAAGUUUGCCUACGCCGCUCUUUGUGCUGUAUCCUUGGCAUCGCUGUUUCCAGAGCAAGCCGAAAGCUCGUAUCGGACGGGAUUCGUCGAGAGCCUGGUGCGGUGGCUAGACCUCCCGGAAGGCGUCUUGCCUGCGAUGCAGGCCUUUGCCGGCGGCUUGGGAGGCGAAGGGACAGACACCUUUGCUCAGAUCCUCUUGAAGGACCCCGUCCUGAAAGACAACUCUGACAUCAUCACCCAAGAUCUCGUGGCCUUUUCCCUCAAAGAUGGCUACUAUGAUGCCCGAGCAAGAGUGCUCCUCUCUCACGUCACCUGGCUUUUAAGAAUCCCGUUGACUGAGCUGGAGGCCUCGGAGGAACGACUUCUUGAAUGCUUGAAAGAUGAAGAAGAAGAAGAAUCUGCAACGGCGGAGGCAUCGCGGAAGAGGAAAGAGAAGAAGAAGAAGCUAAAGCGGUACUUGCUGAUCGGUUUGGCGACUAUUGGAGGAGGGACGGUGAUCGGUCUGACGGGAGGCCUCGCCGCCCCUCUGGUGGCGGCCGGAGCCGCGACCGUCAUCGGAAGUGCCGGAGCGGCCGCCCUGGGCUCGACAGCUGGGAUCGCUGUCAUGGCGUCGCUCUUUGGAGCAGCGGGAGCCGGUCUCACCGGUUACAAGAUGAAGAAGCGUGUGGGAGCCAUUGAAGAGUUUGAGUUUCUCCCGCUAACUGAGGGGAAGCAACUCCACAUCACCAUCGCGAUCACUGGUUGGCUUUCUACGGGCAAAUAUGGGAGUUUCACGGCCCCGUGGAAUAGCCUGCUGCAGUCGAAAGAGCAGUACUGCUUAGCCUGGGAGUCCAAGUACCUGGUGGAGCUUGGAAACACCCUCGACGCCUUGCUGAACGGGCUGGUGAAUGUGGUGGCCCAGGAGGCCCUGAAGUACACGGUAUUGUCGGGGAUCGUCACCGCCCUGACCUGGCCUGCUUCACUGCUCACAGUCGCCAGCGUGAUCGAUAACCCCUGGGGUGUGUGUCUUCAUCGCUCGGCCGAAGUCGGGAAGCACUUGGCGCAGAUUCUGCUCAAGCGGCAACAGGGCAAACGGCCUGUUACGCUGGUUGGAUUUAGUCUUGGUGCCAGGGUCAUCUACUUCUGCCUCCAGGAAAUGGCCAAGGAAGAAGAUUGCAAAGGGAUCAUUGAAGAUGUGGUUCUGUUGGGGGCACCCGUGGAAGGAGAAGCCAAGCACUGGAAACCGUUUACCAAGGUCGUUUCGGGCAAGAUCAUCAACGGCUACUGUAGGGGAGACUGGCUGCUGGGCUUUGUGUACCGGACGUCCUCCGUCCAACUCCACGUUGCCGGACUUCAGCCAGUUGACCUGGACGACCGGAGGAUGAUCAACGUGGAUCUCUCCUCUGUCGUCAGCGGCCACCUGGACUACAUGAAGCAGAUGGACACGAUCCUGAAGGCCGUGGGCCUCAAAACCAAGCAGUGCCGUCUGGAAGAGAGGGGAGAUCUCACCCUCCUCUCCGCUGAGCCCAAGGAAAGCCAGGAGGAGGCCCCAUGUGUAGACACUCGGGAAGAGCAAAACCUGCUGGGAGGAGGAGAAAGUGGCAGCCAUGACGGCGGCAGUGAUGACUGCUGGUCAUGGGAGCCAGUGCCCAGCCGCGGAUCGUGCCCAAGGGAACCUCCAGAGGGGGCAGAUUCUGAGCCGAGCAGUCUCCUCGAUGCCGAAAGGGACCCACAACUUCCUGGCUUGGAAGACCCCUUCCCCACCAGCUCCUCAGGAAUAACUGGCCACUGCGACCGCUCUGCAAGCCCUCUUUCUCCAACCGUCCGAUAAUGCACGAGGUGGCAGGGCAUGAUGGUGGUUGUAGUACUUGCACAGAGUCUGCCAUAAAUCUCCCACGGGGCUGGCGCCUCUUAGUGCUUGAUGGUGGCGAGACCGAUCGUGCAGGAUUGGGCCAAAGGACUUAUUUUUGUAAAAAAAGUAUUUCUCCCCCCACAAAACCAUGAAUUGGGUACCACUGAAAAUCUCGCGAGCAUGACGGAGGUGCCCGUCCCUUUUAUUCUUUUCUGUGGCUUCUGUUAAUAGGAGAUGCUAGUCCUGGAAGCCAGCAGUUAGUAACUACUGUUCUUCCUCCAUGAGCAUAUCUGGGCCUUUAAAAAGGCCGUCUAAGUUACUUGUAUAUUGCAUUAAUUCCUUCUUAUGUGAUUUCCUCAGUUGAUUUCCCCUUAAGUUCUGAUAUAAACAGAGAGGGGAGAAGGGUAUCCUGCUUCCGAAUAUGGAGGUUCUGUUCUAUACUGUCAGUUUUUCAGAACUGUUAGUUACCUAACUAACAUAUUGACUGUUUUAUGUCAGUGUAUGUAGCCUAGGGCUGUCUGCUCUGGCUGGCAGACAGGGUCAGAUCAUUGGCCCAUCUAGUUCAGUGUAGCCUACCCUGACGGGCAGACCCUCUUGAGGGUCAGGGGCCUCUUUGAACUGGAGAGGGAACCUGGGAGCUUCUGCAUGCAAAGUGUGUGCUCUCCCCACACUCACAGAUCUAUUACCCAUCGCCAUAUCUUGUGGCAAAGAGUUCCUAAGAUUUCCUAAGAACUCUUGUGGCAAAGAGUUCCUAAGAUUUAAGUUCAGAGUGAGAAGGGAGAGAGCUUGCAGGAGACUUAACAAGGUCUGUGUAACCGAAAAAGACACACCCCUAUUUAUUUACAAAUUCACAGGGUUCUGUACGUGGCAGAAAGGUGGGAUAUAAAAUGCAACAAAGCUUUGCUUGGCUUAUGGGGCCAAACCAAAUAAUGCAUGUGAAGUAUCCUUGCGUACUAAGGAAAGUCCUGUAGUCCUGAUCCAGAACUUGAUUCCGAUCCAUCGGUAGAUCUCGUAGCUAGACCUCCAAUCAGAACUCUGUUUCCCCAGCCCCCCGUAUGGCAGAUCUAGCCUUGCCAUUGGACCCAAUUUCCAUUUGCAACCCACUUGUUGUCAUUUCAUCCUUCGGGUCUACCUGGAAUGCAAGGCGGGACCAUGGCAGCUUGGGCAGGAUUCCUGUGAAGCUUUGUUAAAAGCAAUUCCAGUUUCUGUGAACUGCGAGCGGAAGGUGGGCUUCCGGUCCGCUACUGUUUAAGAAAAAUAUUUAUUUUGUCAGGAACACUGAAAGGUUGGGCAUUAAGAGGAUUUGCAGGAGAGAUGUGUGGGUGUGCCUGCUGGGAAAUAAAGCAAUUGUAUUAAU